UCUCUCUCUCUCCCAUCCUCCAUCGUUUCCUUCUCUCUCCUCUCGCACACACCCUCGUUUUCUCCCCUCCGCAGGCGGCGAUCGAAGCCUCGCUCUUCUUCCUCUCACGCUCCCUCGGUUAGGGUUCUCAAAUUCGUUAUCGACCGAUCUUAACUCCAUUCCAUCCAAUCUCCCUGGUGUUCCUCUCGGAUCGGAUGCUGAAUCUGGUGAAGAAGCCUCCGAUCCGUCGAUCCCUCUGUGGCCGUCCCCGUCGAGAUUUGCCUCGUAUUUUGAUCGGAUCUCCGUUGAAUUUGAUGCUCCCAUGAUUGACAUUCGAGAUCCGGGCUUUUGGUAGAUCUAGCUCGUCUUUUAGAUCGCUGGUGGUGGUCGCCGUGCUGUGAAGCUCGCGAAGUUGGCGCCCCAACGCCGUUUCCAGCGCCACAUGGGUGGCCAGGUGCAGCAGAGCCACGCCGGCUCCUCGGCGGGCCUGUACGACCACGCCGCCGGCGGAGAUGCCGGGGAUGCGGUCAUGGCGCGGUGGCUCCAGUCCGCCGGGCUCCAGCACCUGGCCUCGCCGAUGGCAUCCUCUGAUCAACGCUUCCUUCCCGGUCUAAUGCAGGGGUACGCACCACAAACAGCUGAGGAGAAGCAUAAACUCUUGAGGCUUUUAAGGAAUAUGAAUUUUAGUGGGGAAUCAGUCUCUGAGUCCUAUACUCCAACUGCACUAAGUAUGGGUCAACAAGAUGGCUCUUAUUCACCUGAGAUUAGAGGGGAAUUUGGGGCUGGCCUUUUGGAUCUACAUGCUAUGGAUGACAGUGAGCUUCUUUCUGAGCAUGUUUUCUCAGAACAAUUUGAGCCAUCACCAUUCUUGCUUACCAAAGGAGUUGAGAACAAUGAAAGUGACACAACAUCUGCCUGGCAACAAGAGCCACCUGAUAUCAAUACCAGAGAAGGAGACAGUAAAAGAGAGAUCAGCACAAAAGAGAGUAAUGUUGCCAAGAUUAAAGUUGUGGUACGCAAAAGACCUUUGAACAAAAAGGAGAUAUCUAGAAAGGAGGAUGAUAUUGUAACUGUUCAUGAUAAUGCCUAUUUAACAGUCCAUGAGCCAAAGCUAAAGGUGGACUUGACUGCAUAUGUGGAAAAGCAUGAGUUUUGUUUUGAUGCUGUCCUGGAUGAGCAUGUUACAAAUGAUGAGGUAUAUCGUGUGACAGUAGAGCCAAUAAUACCAACCAUCUUUCAGCGGACUAAAGCAACAUGCUUUGCAUAUGGUCAAACAGGUAGUGGCAAGACCUAUACAAUGCAACCUUUACCUCUCAGAGCUGUUGAAGACAUGGUUCGCAUGUUGCACCAACCGUUUUACCACAAUCAAAGAUACAAGUUGUGGCUUAGCUAUUUUGAAAUCUAUGGUGGGAAGCUGUUUGAUCUUCUGUGUGAUAGGAGGAAACUUUUAAUGAGAGAAGAUGGAAGACAGCAAGUUUGCAUUGUGGGAUUGCAGGAGUUUGAGGUCUCCGAUGUUCAGGUUGUUAAGGAGUUUAUUGAAAAAGGUAAUGCUGCACGGAGUACUGGUUCUACAGGAGCGAAUGAAGAAUCAUCACGAUCACAUGCUAUUUUGCAAUUGGCCAUUAAGCAGCACAAAGAAGUAAGUGACACCAAAAGGCAGAAAGAAGGUAGUGGAAAAGGUGGUAAGAUCGUUGGGAAGAUCUCUUUCAUUGAUCUUGCUGGAAGCGAGCGUGGUGCUGAUACGACGGAUAAUGAUCGUCAAACACGAAUUGAGGGUGCAGAAAUAAACAAGAGCCUUUUGGCUUUAAAGGAAUGUAUCCGUGCCCUUGACAAUGAUCAAAUUCAUAUCCCGUUCAGAGGGAGUAAGCUGACUGAGGUGCUCCGCGACUCUUUUGUUGGCAACUCAAGGACAGUUAUGAUUUCAUGCAUUUCCCCAAAUGCAGGCUCUUGUGAACACACACUUAAUACCUUGAGAUAUGCUGACAGGGUUAAAAGUCUUUCCAAGAGUGGGAACUCCAAGAAAGAUCAGGUGGCUGCAUCGUUAGUUUCUUCAGGCAAGGAAUCAGCAUCAUUGUUGCCUUUCUCUGUUGAACCUGAGGAUCUUGUGCAAAUUCAAGAUUCUAAAGCAGUGGAAUUGCCUAGGAAAAAUAGUGAAAGGAUUUCAUAUAAUUCUACAUUGGAUCUUGAUAGAAACUCAUAUGGAACUCGAAAUGGAAAAGAAAUCCCACCAGCAUCAGUUUCAAUAGAGAUGGAAAAAGUUGACUUAAAGACCAGUCAUGAGAGUGUCAGAUACAAACUGUAUUCAGUUCAGAACUCAUUUGAUUUUCAAGAAGAAGAGAAGGUGACAAAGGUCUCCCCACCUCGCAGAAAAGCUUUUAGGGAAGAAAAAUCUGAAAAACGGAGCAACUGGUCAAAAAGAGAUGGUGGACCCCAAUUAACUGCCACUGGUCAUAAUCCUCAACAAAUGUAUGAUACAGCUUCCGACAAUGCAUCAAGAAAAUAUGAUCAAGAAUCUUCAUGUAAUGAUGAAGAAAUUGAAGCAAUACUUGAGGAAGAAGAGGCUCUAAUAGCAGCUCACAGAAGAGAAAUUGAGAAUACAAUUGAGAUAGUGCGUGAAGAGAUGGAUUUGCUGGCAGAGGUUGACAAACCAGGCAGUUUCAUCGACGAUUAUGUGGCAAAGCUAGGGUUUGUGCUGUCACGCAAAGCUGCGGGUCUGGUUAGUCUACAGGCACGUCUAGCAAGGUUCCAACAGCGUCUGAAAGAACAGGAGAUUCUCAGCAGGAAGAAGGGGCUGGGGCUGCGGUAAUAUCAUGCCUGAGGUAGUCUCCCUUGACCGUGCCACUUUGUGACCUUUCUGUUUUUCAUCUUGUCCUCUUCCUACAUAAGCGCAAGCAUGAAUACCAUGACAAGGAUUGUGAUUCAUCAUGGCCAACAAUGCCAACUUUCAGAAGGUCUUUUUUCAUGAUGUGUGUCUGCUUCCCAUCUACUACUGAUGCAGAUGCCUUUGAAGGAGUUCCACUUGGGUUUCCUAGUUGGCUGCUCACGUUUCUGGUUUACUAUCCUCCAAUUGAGGGAGAAUAUCGUGUGCUUGGGGAUGCAUGGAAUGUGUGAAGAGCAGCCAUCCACUGUCGUCUAGAUAUUGGGGGCUUUGCUUUGGUGGGGUUAUUUUGGCUGGAAGUCGAUUAUUUGGAUGGUAGUGUUUUAAAAUGGAACUGACAUGCAGUCCCAUGAAUUGAUUGCUGUAUUUAUUUCUUUGGCCCUCUCAAAUAACAGGAUUUGUGCGCAAA